GAGCACUAUGUGGCAGCGGGGGAGGGGAGGGAAAGAGCUCGGCCGCAUUCGGGGCCGCCUGCGCUCAUCAAACGCUUCUCAUUGAACACACAGUAAGGCAGAGCUGGAGUGGAAAUAUUCUUUAUGCCGCAAUAUGCGUGAAUUUCUAUAAUAAACCCGGGGUUGCUGAAGCCCUUCCAAAGGAGGUCUGGAUCAGUACCCAUCUGCGCGGGCCCUGAGUGGCCUGGCACGACCCAUCGGGGCAUCGGGGGGAACCAUAUUACAUGCCAGCGGCUUUUGUUUUUUUUGACUGCCCCCUUUAGGUUUAUCCCCCCUCUCCCUUUCCCCUGAUACUCUUUCAUUCAUCCGAAAGAGUAAGAGUAUAUUUUCACCCUAGUGUGGCAGCCGGGCUGCUCCCCCACACACCGAUGAAUGAAGACCCCAUUCGGGAAGAACGCGGCCCAGAGAUCCAGAGCUGAUGCAGGGCAUCCUGGUGUCUCUGCAAAUAUGAUGAAGAAAAAGAAUUCUCAUAAGAAACACAAGACCAGUGUAGGGCCCACCAAAGCAGUGGCUCAGCCCAGGCGUAACAUCGUGGGCUGUCGUAUCCAGCACAUCUGGAAGGAGGGCAGCGGCGCGGCGUCGCAGUGGAAAGGGACCGUGUUAGACCAGGUGCCCGUCAACCCCUCGCUCUACCUGAUUAAAUAUGACGGCUUUGACUGCGUCUACGGCCUGGAGCUGCAUAAAGACGAGAGGGUGCAAGGACUCGAGGUUCUGCCAGACAGACAAGCCUCGACACGCAUCAGCGACGCCCACCUGGCCGACACCAUGAUCGGCAAAGCUGUGGAGCACAUGUUCGAGACGGAGGACGGCACUAAGAACGAGUGGAGGGGAAUGGUUCUGGCCCGGGCGCCCAUCAUGAACACGUGGUUUUACAUCACGUAUGAGAAAGACCCUGUGCUCUACAUGUAUCAGCUGCUCGAUGACUAUAAAGACGGAGAUCUGAGGAUCAUGCCAGACUCUAACGACUCGCCCCCUGCGGAGCGUGAGCCCGGAGAGGUCGUGGACAGCCUCGUGGGGAAGCAGGUGGAAUAUGCCAAAGAGGACGGCUCUAAACGAACUGGCAUGGUUAUUCAUCAGGUGGAAGCCAAGCCCUCCGUCUACUUCAUCAAGUUUGAUGACGACUUUCACAUUUACGUCUAUGACCUGGUGAAAACAUCGUAGGCAGCGAAACGCCCCGCGGGACGAGGAGAGGGGGUGGAGUUUCACGUAACCAUGUGAUUCACACAAACGUUUUUGCCAAAAGUUCUUUCAAAACAUUUCUUGUAACAUCUUCUGGAAAUGGAAUGGUGGAUUACCACUAGUCAAGUGUCUCUUAUUGUUGUAGGAUGAACGGACAUCACAUCCCCCGACAUACACGUAGCUUCAUAUUUCAGAGGUUCGUCUCGAGCAUUUCCCAUUCCUUCGUGAUUACGAAGACGCGACGUCAUGUUCACCGGGAAAAGCCCGGAGGUCUGGCCGUUAGAGUAACAUCGUUCUGGGCUGCGUCGGACGUUAAAGCGUACAUCUGUUGGACUGUUACAGCUCCGAAAUCCAAGCUAUCCCGGGAGAAAAGUCACAACAAAAAAUGCACGAGGUGUUUAUCAUUUCAGACGUGAGAAACACAGGGGCCCAUGAAGGAUGUGGAGCAGAAAAAGUGUGCAUAAAAGUGCCAGGAGUUGGAGGGCCGGAGGUCGGCGGUAGAAAGUGCCCUGGGAAAAUGUUCCCGUUUUGUCUGUAAACAAGAUAUCCCGCUGUCCUUGAUAUCUUCGCAGUUUUAACCCUCCGUCGUCUUCUAGCUCAUGCACUCACCCUCGCCAGAAUUGCGCACACGAGCUCUGCUGUCAUUUGUGUGAAAUGAAUCCCCACGACUUGUUUUUAUGUAUUUUGUUUCCUACUUUUUAUUUUAUAUAUAUAUAUAUACGUAAACAUAUAAACAUUUAUCAUCA